AUGGAUAUUCCAGCAACAGCCGACUAUGUUAUUGUCGGCGGAGGAACUGCUGGCUUGGUAGUUGCGUGCCGUCUCUCAGAAGAUCCCAACACAUAUGUUGUCGUGAUAGAGAGCGGACCUGAUGCCUCGAUUGAUACGCGAGUUCAGAAUCCAGGUUCUUGGCCAACUCUGAGCGGGUCGGAGCUUGAUUGGAAGUUCAAGAUAGGCGCUCAGUUGGGCCUAAAUGGUAGAGAACAGACUCAUCCAGCAGGCAAAGUCUUGGGUGGCUCGUCUGCUAUCAAUGGACUAGCAUAUGUCCCUCCAUCCCCGGCGGGAAUCAAUGCAUGGGGAAAGCUGGGAAACCCGAACUGGAACUGGGAGACUUUGCGACCAUAUCUGCAAAAGUCUUAUACUUUAACUCAGUCAAUAUCGGCUUCAGAGUCUAGUCAAGGGAGCAAAAGCGAGGCCCAAGGACCGAUACAGCUUAUUUAUCCUUGUUUUGGGGAUGAACAGGGUAACCCAAUUAGUCAAGCGUGGAUCCAAGCGUUUCAGAGCGAAGGAUAUGAGCCUACCGAUGACUUCCUUGCUGAAGAAAAGACAACUGGCACUCGGGAUUAUACAGCCACAAUUGAUCCAGUCUCUGGGUUUCGCAGUAGUGCGGACAGCACCUACGGGGUCAUCGCGUCCAAGCGCCCUAACGUGAGUAUAAUCACAGAAACAACGGUCCAACGGAUUAUGUUUACCACCGAAAAGGAAAAGGUCAGGGCCACGGGUGUAGAUGCUCUCCACAAUGGCGAAGUGAUCACCGUCCAAGCAAAGAAGGAAGUUGUCCUAGCGGCUGGUGCUCUCCAGACACCGAAGAUCCUGGAGCUGUCCGGCAUUGGGGCUAAAGAGCGAUUGGACCGUUUUGGGAUUCAGUUGGUCGUCGAUCAACCGGGGGUGGGUGAAAACCUGCAGAAUCAUGUUAUGAGCCUGAUACCUGUUUCCCUCAAGCCGCACCCAAGCAUAGCGAGAACCUCUCCUGGCUUCAAGGGCCUUGCCUUUGUGCGCAUCGAUCAGGAAGAGCAGCAGAAGCUGUCUUCUGAAGUUGAUGACCGGGGCAGUCGCCCAAAUCAAGUUGUCGAGUCCAUCUUGAGCAAUCCAAAUGAGGCUUCGGCUAUGCUCUUCCUUGUGGUGAAGUCAGAGACUACUGCGCUCUUGGGUGCCAUCCCAAGCUUUCCCCUUUCGCGAGGCAAUGUGCACAUCACAUCAUCGGACCUGAAUGAGUUGCCGGCUGUUGACGCACGUUUCUUCGACAAUGAAUUGGACCUGGAGAUGCUCGCGAGAGAUGUCCAGCACCUGCACCGGCUGACUUCUGCAGCUGCCCUCCAGCCAUUCUUCCAUGCUAGUGCAGAGGUGCCAGAUCUUGCGGAGCUCAAGGUCAUGUUGCGUGAGAAAUCAGCAUUGACUACUCACCAUGUGUGCGGCACUGCUACAAUGCUUCCUCGCGAGGCUGGUGGGGUGGUCGAUCAGGAUUUGCAGGUCUACGGAACUGAGAAUCUGCGUGUUGUCGACGCGAGUGUCUUCCCACUUAUUCCUCAUGCCAACCCAAUUGCAACGGUGUACGCAGUAGCGGAACGGGCCGCUGAUAUCAUUCGCGGGAGGUAA